UUAUAACGGUCACACUGGCUCCUUGCUGUUUUUAACUUUUUCUUUGUUUUUAUCGUGAAUUUUCAACUAAAUUAGAUAUUUUCCGAUUGCAGAAUAUAAACACAAUAACCAGAUAAGCAAGUGUUAAUUUUCCUGGUGUGUUUCCAGGCAAAUAAAAAAACGGUCAGAGCUAGAAGCGAUUAUCUAACGACAAAAUUGAAACGAAACGAGAAUUGAAGUGAAGUAAAGUAGGCGCAGAUAAUAAAAAUAACCAGCCAGGCAAGUUGGCUAACAAAUUAUCCGUUCCGUCCAGUUUAAAAUAGCGCAAAAUCGGCCCACACAGGAAUCGAAAGAGGACAUAUUUGGAGCAAAAAAAAAACAGCCCUUUCGAUCAACGGAUAUUGCCUUGUAGUAAAAAACAUCCCCUGCCACCCCCUGCAACACCCACGCAUCUCAAAAGCCCGAGAAGAACAAAAUAAAUUUACGACGCAAAAACCAAACAAUCGACACCCACGCACCAGCUGUUUUGUUAUCGAUCGGUGUUAUCGAUCUUCCGUAUGAGCAACAGAGGAGGAGAAGAAGAAGCAGCAGCAAGACUUGAGCCCCAAAAUACUUAAAAAGUUACAGGCACUUAAAGCCGUGGUCUAGGCGGGCCGAAAAAUGUCUGUGAGACUGCUGACCGUGCGACUGAUCAAACAUGGUCGCUACAUUUUGCGCAGCUAUUGUAAACGUGAUAUACACGCCAACAUUUUGGACCAAAAUCAAUUGAAGACAAGAAGCAAGCGAGGCUUUCCCCUACCCUCCACCGCCGCCCAUGUGCUGCGGACAACGCCCCAGCAGGCGGCCAAAUCGGUGGUCAAUGUAGUGCCCCGCACUUCCGCUCCCUCAACGGGAUCGCCACUAAAUGGAAGCAGCUCGUCCUCCAGUGGACUCUUCCGCGUUGGCCAACAUGCCCGCAAACUCUUCAUCGACAAUAUCCUCAGCCGGGUGACCACCACCUACUCGGAGGAUCUGCGCCAGCGAGCUACCCGCAAGCUCUUCUUUGGCGACUCGGCUCCCUUCUUCGCCUUAAUCGGUGUGAGCCUGGCCUCCGGUUCGGGUGUCCUCAGCAAGGAGGAUGAACUGGAGGGCGUGUGCUGGGAGAUUCGGGAGGCAGCUGGCCGGCUGCAGAGAGCCUGGAACCAGGAUGAGAUCUCCGAUACGCUGGACAGCAAGUUUAGUAUUGAUGACUUGGAAAUCGGUCCACCCAUUGCCAAAGGUUGUGCCGCUGUGGUCUAUGCAGCGGGCUUUAAGAAUGAUGGUGUUGCUGGUGCUACGGAGACACUGCCGACUGGUGCAGAACCGCCACCGGCAACGCCAGCCUUUGCUCCAAACAGCUGGAGUGCCCACGAGAUGAUGACGCCGCUGCAGAACAUGUCGCGCUUUGUCCACAACUUUGGCGGCUCUGUGGAUAAUAUCUUUCAGUACAGCCAGCCCUCAGCGGCCAGUGAUUUUGUGGGCGCCCAGGAGAGGGUACAGGAGCAGCAGCAGGAUCAGGAGCCCAGAAGCAGUGCCUUAAAUGUGAAUACCCUAGCGAAUUCAAAGAUUAACAGCUCGGUGGACAGCUAUCCGCUGGCACUCAAAAUGAUGUUUAACUACGACAUCCAGAGCAAUGCCCUGUCCAUCCUGCGUGCCAUGUACAAGGAGACAGUGCCAGCGCGUCAGCGGGGCAUGAACGAGGCCUCCGACGAAUGGGAACGUUUGCUGCAGAACCAAACGGUCCACCUGCCGCCGCAUCCCAACAUCGUUUGCAUGUUUGGUUUCUUUUGCGACGAGGUGCGCAACUUUCCCGAUGGCCAUUUACUGUAUCCCGUAGCCCAGCCGCAAAGGAUCAAUCCGCAGGGCUAUGGCCGUAACAUGUCGCUGUAUCUGCUGAUGAAACGCUAUGAUCACAGCCUGCGGGGAUUGCUGGAUAACCAGGAGCUGAGCACACGUACCCGCAUCCUGCUGCUGGCGCAAAUGCUCGAGGCUGUCAACCAUUUGAGCCGUCACGGAGUGGCCCAUCGUGAUCUCAAGUCAGACAAUGUGCUGAUUGAGCUGCAGGACGAUGCCUCGCCGGUACUGGUGCUCUCGGACUUUGGCUGCUGCCUGGCGGACAAGGUGCACGGUCUGCGACUGCCGUAUGUCUCCCACGAUGUGGACAAGGGCGGCAAUGCGGCGUUGAUGGCGCCGGAGAUCUUCAACACGAUGCCCGGGCCAUUCGCGGUGCUCAAUUACGGCAAAGCGGAUCUGUGGGCAUGCGGUGCGCUGGCCUACGAGAUCUUUGGCAGCCGGAAUCCAUUCUACUCGAGUAGCGGUGGGCUGGCACGCGAACGUGGAGAGCUGACGCUUUCGCUGAGGAACAGCGAUUACCGGCAGGAGCAGCUGCCCCCCAUGAGCGAUGCCUGCCCGCCGCUAUUGCAACAGCUGGUGUACAACAUCCUCAAUCCCAACCCGUCCAAGCGGGUCAGUCCGGAUAUUGCGGCGAAUGUGGUGCAGCUGUUCCUGUGGGCCCCGUCCAAUUGGCUUAAGGCGGGCGGCAUGCCCAACAGCUCCGAAAUCCUCCAGUGGCUGCUCUCGCUGACCACCAAGAUAAUGUGCGAGGGUCGCCCGCAAAUGGGUUCCGGAUUAAUGCCAGUGGCCUCCAACGGAAGACGCGCCUACGUGGAGUACCUGCUCAUCUGCAGCUUCCUGGCACGCGCCCGCCUGCGUCGCAUUCGCGGCGCCCUCAACUGGAUCCAGAAUGUGGUGGCGGCGUAGGGCCCCGGGAAAGCCUUCCUUGGAUCUCGGGAUCAAGACCCUUCUACUUGUUACUCUGCGAAAAUCAAAUGGAAAAGCGUGUGAUACCUAUAUUUUACAUAUGUAUUUAUAAAACAAAUCAAAAUUAACCGCA